UCGGCCUUCUCCUGCUUGAGUUUUCUGACUAUUUCGCCCUGAUUUUUGAUCGCUUCUUUCACGUCUGCCAUGUCGCCAAGACCGGAUUUGGGGGCAGCCAUAUUGUACCGCAAUGCGUCAUGGGAAAGGUCAAUGAACUUGUGCAAGUCCAGCUGAGUGAUCCUGGAUGACCUGUGAGAGAGUUGAGCUGCACAUCAUUUGACAGCAGCCAUGUUCUACAGCAGCACUCAGAGGAAAUUCUGGACGUUCAGCAGUGAAGAUGAGCUAAGGAAACUGAGAUGCCAGGCCAACCAAGACAUCCGACAGAAACAUGAAGCCAGCGGCAAGGACUGUAGCAAGCUCUUAACUCCUGACGAAGAGCUGAUGGUCUGUCAGUAUUAUCACAACAGACUGAGGGAAUUCUGUGUGAAGUUUCAGCCCCCCAUGCCUAAGUCUGUCAUGGCUAGUGCUAGUUCUUACUUCAAGCGGGUCUACCUUCAGAACUCGGUCAUGGAGCAUCACCCUAAGAUAAUAAUGCUAACCUGCGUGUACAUGGCCUGUAAGGUUGAGGAGUUUAAUGUCUCCAUUAUGCAGUUUGUGGGAAACAUUCGCGCCCGGUCGGAGGAGCGAGAGAGGGCCGUGGAUAUCAUCCUGAAUAACGAGUUACAGCUCCUACAGCUCCUGAACUUUCACCUUACCGUGCACAAUCCCAUCAGGCCGCUGGAGGGCCUCCUCAUUGACAUGAAGACCAGGCACCGUUCGGCGGAGGAGGUGGAAACUCUGCGCCGCUGGGCCGAGGAGUAUCUCGACAAGUCGUUCUUGUCGGACGCUUGCCUCCUGUUCCCGCCUUCGCAGGUGGCGCUGGCUGCACUGUGGCAUUCUGGGAACACUGUCGGGAUGGAUGUGCUGUCGUACGUCCACCACUGUCUGGGCAAGAACGGUGACGGCGCCGACCAAACUCUGCUGAUGAACCAAAUCAAAAAGGUGCAAGAAGUAGUGGGGAAUGUUCCACAGCUAGACGCAAGCCUUGUGGAGGAAGCGAAAGCUAAACUAGCUGCUGUGGGUAGCCUUGAGGUAACGCACGACAGCCAGGGCACAAAAAGGAAACAGGGUACAGAACAGCAGGGAAAACAAGCAGGGAAAAAGAAGGCUAAACAGGCCAAGUCAGCACAAGAGGAUGGAGGACUACUGAGUCUGUCAUCUCUGGAGUAGAAGACUUUGUUACAGCAUGGAGUGUUAAUAGAAAAAGUCAAUACAUUUUGCUCAAGGAAUAGAUUACAAAGCAGGCAAAUCUGUUCUUUAUAGAAUUUAUCUAAUCAUUAGGUCAUGGUGAUUUGAUUGUUUGGCUGAUAUCUGCACCUGCAUCAAUUUCCAGCCUUUUCCCAAGAAAGGUUUGACCAUACUGUAAAUCGUACAAAGUGGCCUCAAUAUGAGCAAAUAUAUGUAGUAAAUUGCCAAAAGGAAAAUUGAAAAAUGGGCACUAAUGUCAUAAAAUGACCAGGUCAGUCCAAAAGUCAAAGAAGAUGUGAGAAAAAAACAAAAACUAUUAUUCAGUAGACCAUAUAUACUCUGUGUUUUCAGUCAUUUGUUCUUGGACCCUUUGACCAUAAAUUAGACUUGAUGUCAUUCAUGUUAUCAAAUCAAUGUGGCCCAAAUGGAGAUGUUACUUGAGGUUUGUUAACUGUCAGGCUCUAAGAAAUCUUUCUGACAUCAAUACCUGUUGUACAGUGAUGCUCUGGCGGAGUCAGACUCUGUUAACAGUAUAUAUACAUUCCAGUGUAAGAUCUAUCACUAUAUUAAUGCAGAGGAAGCAAUAAAAGUGAUUUUGAAUGGAAGCCA